CAGUGUGCGCGGUGCAGAAGGAAAGAUGGCGCUGAGAGCUGCUGGUCGCUUUUGCUGCUCCGCUCUGUAUAGAGCUAAUAAAUCUUCUCAUCCAGCUGCUGCUGCUGCACUGAGUCGCUCAUUCGCCACAGGAGGGGGAAUUCCCACAGAUGAGCAGCAGGCUACCGGACUGGAGAAGCGCAUCCUGAAAUCCCUGAAAGCUGGAGCGGAUCCGUACAGCAUACUGAAGCCGAAGCAGUACGCCGGUUCUAAAGAAGAUCCACACAUCGUUCCCUCCAUCAGCAACAAGAGGAUCGUCGGCUGUGUGUGUGAAGAGGAUAACACAGCGAUCGUCUGGUUCUGGCUGCAUGAAGGUGAAGCUCAGCGCUGCCCAUCCUGUGGUUCUCAUUACAAACUGGUUCCUCAUGAACUUCCUCACUGAGAAGCUUCUAAUUUAAAUUCUAUAAAUAUAAAGUUGAUGUUAAUUAUUCAGACCCGGCGUUUGUUUUUCUCAGUGUGGUUCAGAAUGAUGCAUCACAGCGCUGAUCACAUAUAAUAAACUCUAUAUACAUUCAGA